AUGGAACCCGGCGACGACUUCUGGAGGGAGUUCCAACCCGCGGACGAGAGGCGAAGCGAUCUCCCACCGCCGAUGCCGGCUCCUCUGCAGCAGUGGCAGCCGCGGCCUGUGGUUGCGCCAAGACUGACAGUUGCCCCACCUCCACCACCGCCUUCUCCGGCUGGUAGACCUCGGAUGGGUCAGAUUUCUGGUGGAUAUCCUACCGGAACUACUCUUUUUGUAGGAGAUCUCCAUUGGUGGACAACCGAUGCGGAGAUUGAGGCUGAGCUCUGCAAGUAUGGGCAGGUAAAAGAAGUGAAAUAUUUUCACGAUUGGAGGUCUGGCAAAUCACAAGGGUUCUGCCAGGCCGACUUCUAUGAUCCAAUUGCCGCAGCUGCCUGCGAGGAGGGUAUGAACGGGCAUAUCUUCGACGGAAGGCCUUGCGUCGUCGCUCUAGUUUCACCGCACCUUUUUCCGAGAGCGCGCCAGAUGAACGAGAAUCGGCAGACAACAGGCGCACCUCAGAACGGUAGAGGAGGCGGCAGGCCUCCAGUCGGCAACAAUUGUGGAGGCGGUGGUAGAAUGGGGAACCGCCGGCCGGUGCAUGUCCCACCUCCACCAGUUUUGCAUCCCGGAGCUAUGCUUUGUCAGGGAUUCAAUUUCAAUCCCAUGGAUUAUGGAGCGGCGGCAAUGGGAGGAAUGGCGGCUGGUUUUAGAGGCUCCCCUGCAUGGGCGCCUGGCGGCGCUCCUUUUCCUGGAAUGAUGCUUCCAUUUCCUCCUACCGUGGCACCUAAUUUCAGUCCAGCUUUCUUUGGACGGUGGCCGGCACAUGCUGGCGGUGGCAGGGGAGGUCAAGCGCAAUCGAGCUAUGGAGAAACAAGCCACGGGAAGAGUAGGAUGGCCGAAAGAGAUCGUCAUGGUGGUUCCGGGCAAAAUUCGCCUGAGAGAAAACAUGGUGACGAAAGGGAAAGAGUUUCAGGGAGACAACAGGAGAUGAAUUGGGAGAGGGAUAGAGAACGACAAAGAGAAAGGAAUAGAGAUAGAGAUAGGGAAAAAGAACAGAAAAGGCGUCGCAGCAGGUCGCGGGAGGUUGAAUAUUCAAAAAGGCGCCGGCGGUCAUCUCGAUCAUCAUCUAGGCCUGCACUGGACUGA